GCCAUGCCAAAUGUGUCGAGUACAUCAAAAGUUUCAACCUGCCCCUGCUGAUGCUGGGCGGCGGAGGUUACACCAUUCGCAACGUGGCCCGUUGCUGGACGUACGAAACUGCUGUCGCCUUGGACUGCUCCAUCCCCAACGAGCUGCCCUACAAUGAUUACUUUGAAUACUUUGGGCCUGACUUCAAGCUACACAUCAGCCCAUCCAACAUGACCAACCAGAACACCAACGAAUACCUGGAGAAGAUCAAGCAGCGUCUGUUUGAAAACCUCCGUAUGCUGCCUCAUGCACCUGGUGUCCAGAUGCAGGCAAUCCCAGAGGACGCUCCCCACCCAGACAGUGGAGACGAGGAUGAAGAGGACCCCGACAAACGCGUUUCUAUCCGGGCCCAUGACAAAAGGAUAGCCUGUGAGGAGGAGUUUUCUGACUCCGAGGAUGAGGCGGAGGGGCAGGGAGGCGGCCGCAGGAACGCAGCCAACCACAAGAAGGCCAAACGAGUGAAGAAGGAGGAAGAAAAGGAAGGAGAGGAAAAGAAAGAAGUAAAAGAGGAGGAGAAGGAGGAGGAAAAGAUGGACACGUCAGGCACGUCAAACACAGCGAUACUUGAGAAAAACUGAUUUAACACGAGGGGCAAAAUGAGAAGACGAGAGGGAAACAAAAAAAAACCAGAGUGAACAACAAGGAAACACAGAAAAAAGCUCACCUAAACAGGUACAAGAUGGCGAAGCUAACGCUAAUGUUAGCACGCACCAGGAAGACGAGGUGAGCUUAGCCAGAGUUUUAGAGGAGAUACGGGACUUUCGCAAGGACACAAAACAACAGCUAAACGACAUUAAGGGUGAGCUCACGUGCGAUAAUGAAAAGAUAGCGGAGGCAGAGACACGAAUCGAAGAGAUGGAGGAUCGCGUUCAAAACGUGGAACAGGUGCUAACUAAGAUGAUAAAAGUGAUAAAUCAGCAAGAAAACAAGAUACUCGACCAGGAAGGGAGAUCUAGACGGGAUAGCAUGAGGAUAUGUAAUGUACC